GGGAGCGCUUGAAACGCGUACCUUUUGAGAAAAGUCGAGAUUACGGGCGCAGAAAAUACGGUGAGCUUUCCAACUUGACGACAGACUCGUUGUUUCUUUCUUUUUCUUUCACGCGCGAGCUGAAUAAGUUUUCCAAUUCGCACUGUGACAAAAGUUUUUCGCAACUCUGAAACGCAGGAAUCAGGUGAAUACACAACUGGGAUUUCUUAAGAGGGCCUACUGAUUAACUAAUAACAAUUGGAAUUCACGGAGUUCAGUUUGACGUAAAUAAGAUCGGAGAAAUAUUCGGCACGUGCGUUUACAUACGUCGAACAAUAUUACCCUCUCAUGAUUUAAUUAUUCUCUCACUAACUUUCAAAGCACGGCUCUGAUUGGUCUCUCGAGGCUCCUGCAUCCUCGUCUUGAUAGAUGACGUCAGAAGCGAGGAAACGUUUCCCCGAAAUUCUUGCGGAAUACACCGAAUUGAAAAGUUACGUUCGCAAAAUGUUACUUGUGAUCGAGUGAGCACAUUUGUAAGAUAUUCCGAGAACUCUCCUUUUACUCCAGCAAUCGAUGAAUAGCCGUACAAUUGACGUGACAAAAGCGUGAGGAAAGGUAGACUGAAAAGAAAUGCGUGUCACGUUGACUUUACGGUUAUAUAUUGACUGUCGAAAUAAGAGGUCAGUUUUUGGGUUACUUCACAAAUGUGCUGAGUCGAUUUCAAGGAUCACUUCACGGAUGUAUCCUAUAAAAUACGCUCACCACAGAUUCGAGAAGAGCUCCCCAGCAAACACCAAGUUAACAGUUAACACCAGUUUAACAGUUACAUAACUGUUAGUUAUAAUUUCCUCAUUCAACAAUGUAAAUGCAAUAUAACGCGUGUGUCAUAAAACAGUCACAUUGUUGAGUAGGAAAUUAUAACAGUUGUGUUACUGUUACUUGGUGGUUGCUGGGUCAUCAUCAUGUAAUCGAAAGAACUAUUAGUCAUCUUUACAAGAAUAUCGUAAAAUUUCAUCGGGGUAAAAGUUGCUUCGAUUCUAUGUAUUGGGUGAAUCGAAUUCUUGUCUCGAUUUAACAUUCCCGAUCGAUUCACCAAACAGUGAAGCCCCACUACCUGGGAUUCAGAGUGUAGUUUGAUAGAUCUGAUGCUCGUGAUGAAAAGGCUGACGCGGCAAAUUCGCAGAUACGCAAAUUGUGAGAUACUUGAAGCGAGUGUGAUAUUUACUUAAGCAUAGGGUGUGCUUCUACGUGCGCGCGGAUCGCGUGCCACGUACUGCGACCUGUGGCAUGUGCUGUGCGGCAACGUAACUUCGACCUGAUCGACCCAUCGGCCACGCGUAGCAACGUGUUGAUGAUGCAGUAUCGACGGGCAAGAACAGGCAAACGGAGCGCGAUUUGUUUGCACACACAUACACAGAGAAAGAGAGAGAGAGAGAGAGAAAGAAAGAGCGAGUGCCGCAGCGGCGGUGGCGCAGUGGCCGUUACAUUUUAACCCGGCGAGCAGUCCGUCCCCGUCUGGUGGAACGUUAAAAAAUACAUCGUUUGAUAAAGCGCUGAAAUAAUAAUCGCGAUGCCCGGGAUUGCGAGCGCGACCGGUCUCAUGUCCGCGCGAAUUCGACCAAUUCACCGGCCGAAACCGAAGAACGUGGAAUUGUCGGGCUGCGCGAAAGCGGCGCCGUUCGCCCUGCGACCGUUCGCCGGUCUCUUCAAUCCCUAUCCCUACGGCUGCUCGGUGCUGUGCAACCAUCCGGCGGAUUGCGAGGCGAAGGAGGUGGUGCGGCGCGCCAAAGACUCAUGGGCGACCGAGGGGAAAGCGCUGCUGCUGCCGGAGGAGAUGGAGAUGAUACGGACGAGUCUGAUGGCGAUCGCAGGCGGCGGGGGCGGCAGCGGAGGCGGCGGCGAGGCGGCUGGAAAUGUCGGAGGUGGCGAUGGUUGCAAUAUCGAAGCGACGACCGUGCCCGAGGAGCUCUUCCGGAAAUACACGGAGACCGACUCGCGACCUCCGACCCCGGCACCCACGCUUGCCAGUGGGCCGGCGUUGACCAAUCGCGCGACGACCCAGGAAGAUUUACCGGCGACCUGCAAUCCGCGCGAACGCACCACCCUGGUCCUCGAUCUUCGUGCUGCGAAUUCGCAGCAGCAGCAAGUGGAGAGCGAGACCUUCAGCUGGCAUGCGCUUACGCUCGAGCCGCCGCCGACGCCACGGAAGAGCGAGAUAUUCAUCUGCAAGCCGAUCCCGCGACCGCAACAUUCGUCGACGGCACCCGCGCCACCUCCUCCGUCGCCUCCUUCGCCCAUCGCUGAAAGAUGUGAAACGAGUUUGUCCAGGGACGACGGAGCGAGGGAGGAGGCCGAUAGCGGCAGCAGCGAGCGACCCAUAAUUAUUCGAAGACGGGGAAAGCGGUUGCGUAAAAGAAAGUGUAGGAGGGGCUCUACGUACGGCCAACAAACGGAAGUUCGCGAUCUGCUCGAGCCCACGGUGACGCAGGUCUCGCAGAUUGGUGGAGACGGAUCGAGACGGCCGUCGGUUCAUACAACAAAUACAGCCGAAGCUGAUGGUGUGGCGUCUCCCAAGAAGACACCCGCGCCAGCAGCGACUUACACGAUGCCUUCGAGUUUCCUGGCACCUGACAUUUUGAAGCACUUGUGGAGGGAACUGGAUCGCGACAAGGUAGAGGCGGAAUUUUCGAUCAAAAGACGGAUCGCCCUAGAAGAAGCGCUACGAGUGAAAGGCGAUGUUUCCUACUCGCGUGUAUCUCGCCUGGCCAAUACUGGUCUGUCAGCGCAAAACGCACCCCGAAUAUUCUCCCGUCAAGCGGCGCGUUUCGAGUUACUCGACAGUCAGAGUCUUCGUGGAUUAACGCCUUUGCGGUACCUCAGCAAGCACGUGUGCGUCACGUCGGGUAGGAAGCUGAUAUUCGGCCGGAUAUUCGCUAAAUUCAACGAGGAGACGUCGCAAGGAGAACGACGUAUCUCGCCGAACGAUGUCGAAGAGGCUCUUCAGGAAGUGGUCGGGAAGGCGCUGACGGACGAGCAGCGGUCUUAUCUGAGGACCGUGAUAGGAGAGAUAACGGAGUCGUUGAACUUCAGGGAGUGGUGCGGGUUAUGCGCCGCCGUCGAGAGGCUGCUGUGUCCUCUUCCGUCGAAGGUAAGCGAUCCGCCGACGUGGCUCGAGAGAGCGGACUUCGAAGCUCUGGAACGGAGACUCAAAUCAGCCGAGGUGGAUUCUACGUUGGCGUUAUUGUUGAAGGAGAUUUGUGACAGAUAAAAU